AUGAGCAGCGACGAAUGCACAUCUCGUUGCUCUUCUCCUCCGACUCCUUCCUCCCCCCUCCUUCCCGUCAGCGUCGGCCCGGGGCGCCGCAGGUACAUGCUCUCGCCGUCCCCCUCGCCGUCCCCGCCCUUCUCCCCUCCCUCCCAGCCCUCUUCCCCGGAGACCACACCCCUCUUAUACAGAACCCAGACGGACCCUCAAUCGCCGCCGCCCGCUGCACUGCAUCUCGAGGCCCUCUUCUGGCAGGAGGAGGAGGCUCCAUCCUCUCCGCCGAGCUGGUCUCUCAAGGACUGGUGA